AUGAAUUCUGAUCGUUCGUCUACGGUUUCAUCUUCAUUGUCUGUAACAUUAGCCCGAGAAAACCUUGGAAUUACAAAUCAAUUAAACUCAUCUCAAACAAAAUCGUUCAAAUCACCAAUUAAUCAAUUCUAUUGCAAUAUCUGUUUUUGUCCAUUGAUGACAGUACAAAAUAUGAACUGUGCAAGUUUCGUUACCAGUUGCGGCCAUUUCUAUUGUGAACUAUGUGCGCAAACAACUUUUCAAGGUUUAAUGCCAACGUGUAAAAUCUGUCAAUGUUCGUCGACAAAUUUAACUUGUAUGGAUUUACGAAAGAAACAAAAUGAUGAUGUUGAUGUGAUGAUUUCAUCGAAUAGUCGGGCUCGAAAAUGGUUUGAAGAUCAAGCACGACAGCGAACUAUUGAACAAAUGGUUGCAACAUUGAAUCAGAGAAAUGCAUUCCUUCAGAAACAAAAUGAUCUCUGCAGUAAAACAAUUCUUCGACAAGCUGAUUCUGUUCGACAGCAAGUACCAUUUGAUAAACUGCCGACAUUGGGAAAUAAGAUGCUUCAAGAAACAAAACAAGCAUCGGAAUUGUUAUUCAAAUUAUUGACUGGACUUAGUCAAUCGAAAAUUCGAUUAACAUCUCAACAGCAACUGUUUUGUCAACAAGUAGUCGAACGGUUUAAAUCGAAUAGAAAAUGA